AUGAAGUCUUUCACCACUACCACCGCUGCCCUCGCAGCCCUACUCCCUCUCGUCCACGGCCACGGCUUCGUGACCAGCCCCAACCCCCGUAUGCCCGGCGCCGCUAUGAAAGCCGCCUGCGGCAACCAGGUCGAGAUCAACCAGCAGUCCGACAACUACGGCAAUAUCCAGGGCGAGCUGCAAGUCGCCGCUAGCCAGAGCGACUACAAUGCCGCCGAGUGCGAUAUCUGGCUGUGCAAGGGCUACAAGCUCGCCGACAACACGGAUAACAUUUACUCGUACACUGCUGGUCAAACCAUCGACUUCAAGGUUGAUAUCCGCGCUCCUCAUACCGGUAUUGCCAAUGUCUCCGUCGUGGAUACUUCUAGCAACACUGUCAUUGGUGACCCUCUGAUCUCUUGGUCCGUGUAUGCUUCGACUGCUACCGGCGUCACUGCGAACGAGACUAGCUUCAGCGUUACGAUGCCGGAUAAUCUGGGCUCGCAGUGUGCUACUGCUGGUGACUGUGUGCUGCAGUGGUAUUGGUAUGCUGAGUCUAUUGAUCAGACCUACGAGUCUUGCAUCGACUUCACUGUCGGCGGUUCCGGUUCGAGCUCUAGCUCUAGCUCUAGCUCGUCCAGCUCCAGCGUUGAGACUACUUCUUCCGUUGCCGCUGCUACCUCCUCUUCAUCCGCUGUCGUCGAGACCAGCACCACCUCCUCCGCUGCUGUUGAGGCCACCGCCACGACUCAGUCUACUACCGCCGCCGCCGAAGUUACCACUUCUGCCCCCGUCCAGGCUGUGACUACCUUUGCCACCCAGGCCCGUCAGUCCUCGCAGCCCAGCACUGUCGUUGCUACUCCUAGCGCCGUUGCGAGCACCCUGGCCAUCCCUACCGACAGUGCUGCUGAUACCUUGGAAUUUGUCCGGUCUGUGUUCAAGUACUUGGUCGGCAGUAACUAA